AUGGCAAGUGAGAAUAGCACAAUGAUAACUGAAUUCAUCCUCCUUGGUCUGACCCAGUCUCAAAAUAUUCAGCUACUGGUCUUUGUGCUAGUUUUAAUUUUCUACCUCAUCAUCCUGCCUGGAAAUUUCCUCAUCAUUCUCACCAUCAGAUCAGACCCUGGCCUCACAGCGCCCCUCUACUUCUUUCUGGGCAACUUGGCAUUCCUGGAUGCAUCCUACUCCUUCAUUGUGGCGCCCAGGAUGCUGGUGGACUUCCUCUCUGAGAAGAAGGUAAUCUCCUACAGGGGCUGCAUCACUCAGCUCUUUUUCUUGCACUUCCUUGGAGGAGGGGAAGGGUUACUCCUUGUUGUGAUGGCCUUUGACCGCUACAUAGCCAUCUGCCGUCCUUUACACUAUUCAACUGUCAUGAACCCCAGAGCCUGCUAUGCCUUGCUGUUGGCUCUGUGGCUAGGAGGCUUUGUCCACUCCAUCAUUCAGGUGGCCCUCAUCCUCCGCUUGCCCUUCUGUGGCCCAAACCAGCUGGAUAACUUCUUCUGUGAUGUGCCGCAGGUCAUCAAGCUGGCCUGCACAGACAUCUUUGUGGUGGAACUCCUGAUGGUCUUCAACAGUGGCCUGCUCACCCUCCUGUGCUUCCUGGGCCUUCUGGCCUCAUAUGCAGUCAUCAUCUGUAGUGUACUAGUACAUGGGUCCUCCUCUGAGGGGAAGAACAAGGCCCUGUCCACAUGCACCACCCAUAUCAUUGUUAUAUUUCUAAUGUUUGGGCCUGCCAUUUUUAUCUACACUCGCCCCUUCAGAGCCUUCCCAGUUGACAAAGUGGUUUCUCUCUUCCACACUGUGAUCUUCCCUUUGUUGAAUCCUGUGAUUUAUACUCUUCGCAAUCAGGAAAUAAAAGCUUCCAUGAGGAGGUUGCUUAAUUGGCACUUAGCCUGA